AAGAGCCUACUAUCGCUGCUUGGAAGUCAAGGGUUAUCAUUACACGGUACAGUACAUCAAUACACAUGUUUCGGAGAGCUUAAUAACAUACAUUUUAAGAUGAGUACAUACUUUUACCGAACUCUAUGGAAUACUGUCAGGACACACAAUAAACCGUGGAGGUUUCAGAAACUGCAAACACAGCAUUUGAGAUUGAGGUGCACUUGCAUUCACUCGAGGGCGCUAUGCACCAGUCCCUUGCCCUCUCCAACUUUGGAUGGUGAGCCAAAAAAUUACUCUGAAAAGAUAAGGAAUAUAGUUGAAGAAAUCGCUUCACUAAAUUUACUAGAAGUUUCACAGCUUAACCAGCAUUUAAAGGAGACCCUCAAUAUACAAGAUGCACCUGUUAUGGCAUAUGGAGCACCACCAUCACAAGCUCAACAAAAGGAGGAAGAAGAUGAAGACAGUGCACCAGCUAAAGAAGUAAAAACAUCUUUUACAAUAACGCUCACCAAAUUUGAUGCUGCCAGCAAGGUGAAACUUAUAAAAAGCAUUAAAGCACUCAAUCCUACAAUGAAUCUUGUACAGGCAAAGAAGUUUGUUGAGUCCGUCCCUCAAGUAUUAAAGGCUGACGUAGGAAAAGAUGAAGCAGAAGAUAUAAAGAAACAGAUAACAGAAGUUGGAGGAGAAUGUGAAAUAGAAUAAAAGACCAUACCUUAACAAGCCAAUAUCAUUAUUACCUGUCUCUUA